CAGGCCAACCGUCCCAUCGUCAUCUCCGGGCCCUCUGGCUCUGGCAAGUCGACUCACUUGAACCGUCUGCUCAAGGAGUACCCCGACCGCUUCGGCUUCUCAAUUUCUCGCCAAGAACAAAACGGUGUCGAGUAUCACUUUGUCACAAAGGAGGACUUUUUAAAGCUGGUCGACCAGAACGGCUUCAUCGAGCACGCCCAGUUCGGCAGCAACUAUUACGGCACCAGCGUCCAGGCUGUCAAGGAUGUCGCUCAGAAGGACCGCACCUGCAUCCUGGACAUUGAGAUGGAGGUGUGUAUCGUCUUUCCAUUCAUGUCUCUUCUGGACUCGAUGCUGAUCUCGAUCAUCAAANNGGGUGUCAAGCAAGUAAAGAAGAAGGACCUCAACGCCCGCUACCUCUCCCUGCAACCGCCAUCCCUCGAGAUUCUCGAGUCACGCCUGCGCGGCCGCGCCACCGAUUCCGAAGACGCCAUCACCCAACGUCUCGCCCAAGCCAAGAACGAGCUCGAGUUCGCAAAGACCCCAGGUGUUUUCGACAAGGUCAUUAUCAACGACGACCUCGAGAAGGCUUGGACAGAAUUCAAGGCUUUCUGUGUGUCCGAGGAG